GAAACCACCUGCUUGCGGGACCACAGGCAGCGGGCUAAAUGACUGCUGCCCCAGACAGCCAUGGGGAAGAAGCUGGUGAUGGCCCAGAAGCGGGGAGAGACGCGAGCGCUCUGUCUGGGAGUGACCAUGGUGGUGUGUGCGGUUAUCGCCUACUACAUCCUGGGUACCACGGUGCUGCCUCUCUACCAGCGAAGUGUGUGGACCCAGGAAUCCACCUGCCACCUCAUUGAGACCAGCAUCUGGGACCAGGACGAGCUAGGGGGCAAGAAGGUGCCCCAGUACCCGUGCCUGUGGGUCAACGUGUCUGCCGUGGGCGGGUGGGCCGUGCUGUACCACACAGAGGACACCCGGGACCGCAACCAGCAGUGCUCCUACAUCCCCGGCAGCCUAGACAACUACCAGCUGGCCCGGGCCGACGUGGAGAAGGUGAGAGCCAGGUUCCACGAGCACCAUGUUUUCCACUGCUUCUCCACGACACGGGAGAACGGGAGCAGCGUUCUAUACCAGCGUCUCCACGGGCCCCAGGCCCUUCUCUUCUCUCUCUUCUGGCCCACUUUUCUGCUGACAGGGGGUCUCCUCAUUAUUGCCAUGGUGAAGCUCAACCGGUCCCUCUCCAUCCUGGCAGCCCAGAAAUGA